AUGGGUGCUUUCCCUCCUCCUCCGGUCAACACCAUUGACUGGUCCAACGUCGGUUUCCGGAUCAGAGAAGUCAACGGCCACAUCGAAUCGACCUACUCCGUGCACACCGGCAAGUGGACGCCGCUCAAAUAUGUCGCCGACCCCUUCAUCCGCAUCCACGGCAUGGCGCCCGCCCUCAACUACGGCCAGCAGGCCUACGAGGGCCUCAAGGCCUUCCGCCUGCCCGGCGACAACGAGAUUGCGCUGUUCCGCCCGGACAAGAACGCCGUGCGCAUGCAGCACUCGGCCGAGGUUGUGUGCAUGCCGCCCGUGCCUGAAGAUCUCUUUGUCCAGGCCUGCAAGGCUGCGGUUGCGCUCAACGCCGGCUUUGUGCCUCCCCACGAGACGGGCGCGGCCAUGUACAUCCGUCCCCAGAUCUACGGCUCCAGCGCGCAGCUGGGACUGACGGCGCCUGAGGAGUACACCUUUUGCGUCUUUGUGAUCCCCACGGGCGUCUACCACGGAGUCCACCCCGUCAAGGGCCUGAUCCUCGAGGACUUUGACCGCGCUGCUCCCAACGGCACUGGCCACGUCAAGGUCGGCGGAAACUAUGCGCCCGUGCUGCGCUGGAGCGACAAGGCGCGCACCGAGGGCUACGGCAUCACGCUGCACCUAGACAGCGUCAAGCACGAGGAGAUUGACGAGUUCAGCACCAGCGCCUUCAUCGGCGUGCAGACCGGCCCCGGCGGCGCCGACGACAUCACGCUGGUCGUGCCCGACUCCAAGAGCGUCAUCGACAGCGUCACCUCGGACAGCGUCCUGACUAUUGGCAAGAGCUUCGGCUGGAAGAUCGAGAAGCGGCCCAUCAAGUACGGCGAGCUGAGCUCCUUCAGCGAGGUCUUUGCCGCUGGAACUGCCGCCGCUCUGGUGCCCAUUCGCAGCAUCACCCGCCGCGGCACAAAGGGCCUCGGCAGCGCAAAGAACGUGACUGUCUCCGGCAGCGAGGAGACGGUGACGUACAUCCCCGAGAGCCAGGAGGAGCCCGGCCCGGUGUGCUUGAAGGUGUUGGCGGAGCUCAAGGGCAUUCAGCAGGGCAAGCGGGAGGAUAAGUUUGGAUGGAGGUUCACGAUUAGCGAGGCUGAUACGAAGGGCAUUGCGGGGACGGAGAAUGGUCAGACGGAUGCAGAGACGGUGGAUCAGAUGGAUUAA